GAUUUCAUCGUCCAUGUUGUGAACAAACAAACCAACAAACAAACAGGAAAGAAAAUAAACACAGACUACAACAAAAUAACGCAGAAUUCUCAGGAUAUCUCACAUUCACAGAUUCACAAUGUUGAUCACAGGAAUCGCCCAUGUAAAUCUUACGGUGCUACCCGGCACUCUCCACUUGGCCAAGAAGUUCUACGAUGAAGUGUUGGGAUUCACCUCGGUUCCAGUACCGGUCUUGCAGAAAGACCACCUUGCUUGGUUUGACAUUACCCCUCAAGGCCAACAGAUCCACAUCUCGGAUUCGGCAUCUCCUUUAGAGCCAAAGUCUUCUCGCCAUCCAUGUUUCAGAGUCGCGAGUCCAGAAGCUUUGAUUGAAUUGCAGAAGAAAAUUUGGACGUUCUAUGAGAGUGAGGAGGCUGGAGAGGCGAGACCAAGAGAAGCCGAUAAGCCUGGUGAGGUUGAUAGUGGAGCGAAAGGAGUUGAAUAUCCCAUUAGAUUCUUUGCUAGGGAUUUUUCUGGAAACAGGUUGGAAUUUAGUUUGUGAUAUAAAUGGUUAUUCUUAAGUCCUAACUACACAGAUAUAGGCAUGGUGCCGAUUCGCGACCAUAGAUCUUCAGGUCUCGUCAAUUUCAUUACGUGAUUAAAACACACAAGCGCCGGCGUUUAAUUCUAGAAAGGAUGGAACCAAGAAUUGAAACUGUACUGCAAUGCGGUCGGGCCGGUUUAUGUUUUGCGUUAGCCGCCGUGUGGGUUUACCACCAUCUUUGCGGCCCGAGUUUUUCCAAUUCGGGACAGCCUAGCAAUUCAAUGGGAUCUCUAUGAGGCCGAAUAACAUUCAUGUCCGUGGCAGUGUUCGUGUGACAUUCUUGGUGUGGUAGGUAGAUAUAUAAAAGGAAUGAACAAACCAACUGCGAAGUGUUGUUUGGCA